AUGGUUGUGCUGCUCCAACGCGAUGCCUCCGCGGAGCAGUGGUCGGGACGAACCUCCUCCGGCCUUUGGGUUGCGACAGGGAAGGUCUGGUCUCUUGCGUCUGGAUCCUCAGACUGUGCAGGCUGGCGGCGGCGACAGUCACACUCAUUCUGCAUGACCGUGUGGCAAUGGCAAACCGGUCAUGUCCAGUCGAAGAGUAGAGAAUUGAAGCAAGGCGGGUUGCUGUCGUGGUCCUGCACCGAACGCUUCCAGAACACGGCCAAGCGGUCCGAUCUACGUGCCACCACCGACUCAACCAUUCCAAGAAACCUCUGGGCAUCUGCGCGACCGGAUUUUCGCCGGGAUGAGACCUUGCGGCCGACAUCAUCAUUCGUCCUUGCGACGCCCUUGGCUGUCGAGUCGGCUGGGCAGAUGACUGUCCCACGUCAGUCGCCGGAAAAGAACGGUGCCACUGGGAGGCGCUCCCCCAUCAUGGUGUAG